UUUUUUUUUUUUCUUUUCUCUGACAAAAGAAUGUCAUAUUUUGAUUAUAAAGAACCUGAUUUCAACGCUUAUCGUAAAAAUGCAUUAUGUUCAUUACAACAAAUAGCUUCAGAAGCAAAUAUUUUACCAAAACAAAAAAAUCUCAUUAUUCAUCCAAAAAAGGAUAUAGUCAUUGAAUCAUGUUUUCCUCUUGUUGAACUUUCAUCAUCUCAACAAGAACAUCCAAAGUUUAAUUCUUCCGUAAAAUCUUCUCUUCUUCAACAAUCCGUAAUUCUUAAUUCAAUUAAAGGUGCUGAUUGGUCGAACGAGGAAGAUGGUUGGAUUUUCAUUAAAAAUGCAGAUGAUGAAAAAGAAACUGGUGUUAAACGCGAAGUUGAACCAGAUGAACUUCAAUCAUAUGAAAUUUUACGAAAAGGUGGAGAAUCCGUCAAAGGAUAUAAUGGAAACAUUCACCAACAUGACUCCAAGAGUUAUAAAGAAAACAGUCAAGUUUCAAAUAUCAAGCAUCAUUUGGAAGAUGAUGAUGUAUAUUUAUUUCUGUAAUUUUGAGUUCUGAUAUAAGUUUUUUAUCUCUUAAUUGAUAAAGCAUGUACAAGUAAAAUUAAUUGAUAAAUAAAAAAUAAAAUUAAAAUCGAAAGAUUUAUUAUUAUUAUUAUUAAAAUAUGAUGACUAAAAAAUGCAUUUUUU